AUGACAAUGAUCCAGAAGCUAGCAAAGCCUUUUGGUUUGGAGCUGUUGGCUCAGUUGCAACAAGGAGGGUAUUCACCCACCCCUCAAACCCUCAACAAAAUCAUAUCCUCUUGCGCAACAUCGACUUCUUUGGACUUGGGUAUUAGCCUUCACGCAGUUGUUAUCAAGUUGGGUUUUUGUUCUAAUAUCUAUAUAUGCAGUGCUCUCGUUGAUAUGUAUGGAAAAUGUGGCUCGUUGGCGAGUGCCCAGAAACAGUUUGAUGAAAUGUCUGACAGAAAUGUGGUUACUUGGAAUUCUUUGAUUUCUGGUUAUUUGCAAGCUGAGUUGCCAAAAAGGGCAAUUGGGUUGUUCCUGGAGAUGUUAAAAGUCGGGGUAGUGCCAACGCCGUUCAGUCUGUCGGGGGCCUUGGUGGGUUGCUCACAAUUAGAAGCAGAAGAGCUUGGUGCUCAGGUUCAUGGUUUGAGCCUGAAAACAGGGCUUUGCUAUAAUGUUGUUGUGGGAACAGGAUUGAUAGAUAUGUAUUCAAAGUGUUGUAGUGUUAAUGAUUCAAGGCGGGUGUUUAAUCAAAUGCCAGAAAGGAAUGUUAUAACUUGGACUUCCAUGGUUACUGGCUAUGCACAGAAUGGACAAUCUGAUGAGGCGAUGAUUUUAGCAAGGGAAAUGCUGCGGUUGGGUUUGAAACCAAAUUAUGUAACUUAUAAUAGUUUGUUGAGCUCAUUUUCUAGCCCAGACUUUUGGGAUCAUUGCAGGCAAAUUCAUUGCCGGAUAAUGAAAGAAGGUUUUGAGUUUAACGUGUAUAUAGUUGUUACCCUUCUGACCAUAUAUUCAGAUUGUAGCAAUAGCUUGGAGGACUUUCAAAAGCUUUGCUCAUGUGUUGCAAUAUGGGAUCAAAUCUCAUGGAAUGCAGUAAUCGCUGGUUUUUCUAAUAUUGGAAGUUGUGAGGAAGCUUUGAAAUGUUUUUCUGACAUGAGGCAGGCCCACGUUGCUACGAACUUCUUCACAUUUGCUAGCAUUUUAAGAGCAGUAGGAACUCUUUCAGACCUUGAAGCGGGAAAGAAAAUCCAUGCUCUCGUUUUCAAGAGUGGGCAAGCUUCAAAUUUUUGUGUUCAGAAUGGGCUUGUUUCCAUGUAUUCAAGAUGCGGUGCCAUCCAUGAUUCGAAGUGGGUGUUUACUUUGAUGAACGAACAUGAUGUGGUCUCCUGGAAUUCAUUAUUAGCAGGUUAUGCUCAUCAUGGAUUUGGAUUGGAGACUGUUGAAUUGUUUGAACAAAUGAGAAGAGCAGGGGUCAAACCAGAUAAUACCACCUUCCUCAUUGUACUAACUGCUUGUAGCCAUGUUGGUUUAGUGCACCAAGGACUUAUGUAUUUCGAUUUGAUGAGAAAUGAUGAUUUGCUUGAACCCCCCAGAAUGGAACAUUAUGCUACGGUUGUUGAUCUUUUUGGUCGAGCUGGAAAUCUUCAUGAAGCACAAGCCUUCGUUGAUAGCAUGACAAUAGAGCCAGGACCCUCUGUAUACAAAGCUCUACUUAGUGCUUGCAAAGUUCAUGGAAAUAAGGAAAUCGCUCUUCGUUCAGCAAAAAAGCUUCAAGAGCUGUGCCCAAAUGACCCUGCAACUUACAUACUACUAUCGAAUGUGUUGGUGACAGGAGGCUGCUGGGAUGAUGCAGCAGGAGUGAGGAAGCUCAUGUAUGAUAGAGGAAUUAGAAAAACUCCUGGUCAUAGUUGGAUUUGA